GAGCCCCGAGCCCCGGCCGGCCCUGAGCCCCGAACCCCGGCCGCUCCCGGACCCCGCCGCCGAGCCUGCGGGAGGCCAUGGAGCGGCGCGGCCCCGUCCACGCUCUGCCCGAGGAGAUCCGCAAGAUGCCCCGGGAGCAGACAGUGUGCAAAUACUGCGGAGUCAGCUACCUGACACUCCACGAGUUCAAGGUGAUGGAAGACAAAGUCAAAGCAAUGGAGAAGGAGAUUAAAGUUUAUAAAGGAAGUCUAGAACGGGAGCAGAGGCUUCAGGCAGAAUUGCAGGCUCUUCACCACGACCUUGAGCGCUGUCGGGCUGAGAGCGAAUCCAAAACGGAAAGGAUAAAAACCCUGACAGUGGAACUUAAAAGCAAGCAGGAGGAGAUGAAAACUAUGAAAGCUGAUUUGCAGUAUUUCCAGGAGGAGAAGGAAACUGCCUCCAAGCAGUCACAGGUGCUCAGAACUACUUUGGAACACCAUUGCUCCACUCUGAACAAGGCUGUCUCUCUGUUCCCUUUCAUUAGAGGUGAAUUAGACAGUAUUAAAGAGGUCAUCUCCACCAACCUGGAGAACUUUGCUGCCAUGAAGGAAGAAAUUUUCCGGCAAAUAAAAGCUGUGAGCAAAGAAGCUCUGACAGAAAUACCCAAAUUGAACCAAAGACUGGCAAAGUCCCAGAGAGAGAACGAGUGUCUCCAGGAGAAGGUGAAACACCUCACUGAGGUGGCUGACACAGUUGAGCUGAAAACUCAGCAGCUCCAAACCUCCCUCCAGCAGGGGAGCGAGCUCCAGAGUCGGUGCCGUGAGCUGCAGAAGGAAACUCUGGAUUUAACAAAUCAGGUGGAGACAGCUGGCCUGCAGCUGCAGAAGGUGACAGCAGAGAUGGACCACUACAAGAAGCUGUUACUGGUGAAGUCAGCAGAACUUGAUGUCUGCCAAAGUGAACUGAAAAAGAUCAAAUAUGAAAAUGGAAUUGUUGAGUCCAGACUUAUGAAAGAGCUGAAGGAAAAGGAAGAAUCCCUUCUCAUUUGCCAACAAGUCUGCAAACAUUUACAGGAGGAAGUGGCUGAGAAAGAAAGGAAAGAAGAAGAUCUGAAAAGAAGAACUGGGAGAUCAGAGAGUGAGCUGGAAACUCUUAAAGCUCUCCUGAGCCAAACAGAGCAGGAGGUGCUGAUGCUGAAACAGGAAAGGGAGCUGCUGCUGGUGUCCCAGCAGAGCAGGACGGAGCAGCUGCAGGAGGCGCUGAGGCAGAAGGUGAGGAGCGAGGACUCCUGGAGGGACAAGCUGGAAAUGGACCUGGCCAAAGGGGAGGCUCGGCACAAAGAAGCAAUUCUGAAAGUCAGGGAAGAGGCCAGAGUGGAACUGGACCUGGAGAGACAAAAACAGCAGGAACUGAUCACAAAAUACCAGAGAGAACACGAGGAGCUGCAGCAGAAGAUCCCAGGUUUAAUAUCCAGUGCCACCAAGAGCUUGAGGAUGGAGACGGAAAUUCUGGAGAAGAAGCUCCAAGAUGCCCAAAUGAAGCUGGCAGAGAAGGAUGGAGACAAGGAAAAAGAAAUCCAGAGCCUCAAAAGGCUCAUCAGUGAGCUUGAAUUCCAGCUGACCAUGGAAAAGAGCAACAGUGAAUCAUUCCUGGAUAAACUGAGGAAAGAAAUUAAGCACAAGACAGAUGAACUGGAAAAAUUAACCCAGGAGAAGACACAGCUGAUUCACAGUUUGAGCCAAGUUCAAGAGGAGAAUUCCCUGCUGCAGGACACGGUGCGCCGGGAGUGCGAGGAGCGCUUCGACGGGACCCUCCCGGCCGGGGAUCUCCGCCUCUCCGGGCCCUCGGGAACGGCCAGGGCUGCCCGGAGCCUCCGGCACGAAUCCCUGGAUCCCGUCAAGGGAAGGGCGGCCCCGCUGAGCGAGCCCCGCAGCCGGGUCCCCGCCGGGAUGCGGCGCCGGCCGAGCCAGCUCUGA